UUUCUGACUAUUUUCUUUCUUGACAAUUGCCAAUCUUUAGGUGUCGGAGGUACUAACUUUGGGAAAGUUUUCGUGUCUCCUUUUGGACGCGACGCGAAUAACUGUGGCGCUGAGGUUCGUCCCUGCCAAACCAUUGCUCAGGCUGUGCGCCAAGUAACCUGGGGAGGAGUUAUCUAUCUCAAUGGGAGUGGGUCCGAGAAUUUACCCUUCAACUGUAGCCUUUCCGGCAUUCACCUUAACAAAAGUAUCAGCAUUACUGGGUUUCUAUCGCCAAAAGUUAAUUGCAUCGGAGGACUUUACUUCCAGAAGGCACAUAAUCAGCCGCAGAUACAUGUGAAACUUUCAGAAAUCAUUUUCUGGCAAACAUCACUAUUUUUCCAAGACUGUCAAAAGAUAACAAUUGUUAACUGUACUUUCCGUGAAGCUACUGUAGCUAUAAACGUUCAGUUGCAAAACCUUACAACAUUCUACCUAGAUAUCUCCAGAGACUCCCUAUUCCACAACAAUUCUCUAUGCAUCGAUCUUCUUUUCCUCGAAAAUGUCAUGAGCAGAGAACGGCAAAUUACAGUCAAUAUCAACGAUGUGCGUUUUGAAAGAAAUGGAUUUCAUGUUGGACCACACCGCGGCAUUCACAGGGGAGGUCUGAGGUUUACAUCAAAAGAGCGGAGCGGUACAUUCUUAGAGCAAAUAAAUGUCUCUUGUAACAACGUAAAGUAUGUGGAUAGCAAUGGUUCUUUCGUGGACAUUUACGUCGCAAAUGCUAGUACAAAAGAGAUAUAUACAAAUGUGGAACUGGCUUCAAACGAUCGCACUCCGUACUCUUUGUACUUCUCAAACGCAAAACAGCUACAUGUACAAUUUAUUCGGUUGCAAUGCCUUUUCAAUCCUUCUACUCGGUGUAUCAGAAUCCAGUCUAACAAGGCAGAAGUCAAAAUUUACGAUUCGUCGUUCUACAAAAUUUUCCAGGCGUUGUGGUUUGACUCUAAAAUAAACGCGUCCCUAAAAAUUUUUAAUUCCUCGUUUAUAUACAAUAUUGCAAGGUUCGGCGGCUCACUCCUUGCAACAAGUCGUCGAGGACAUAUGACAAUCAACAUUACUAAUGUUAUCUUCCGUCACUGUAAGGCGAGAUAUGGUUGCGUAAUGGCGAUAGGAAAGCCAAGCAUGGGAAAAGGGCAAAGAUACAAAGAAGAGUCGAUUCCAGAUGAAUUAUACUUCACCCUGAAAAAAGUGACAGUGGAACAGUGGUAUGGGAAAAGUUCCAAAUGCACAGCGAUACAUGUUUUACACAAAGGUGGAACCGUGAUCAUAGAAGACUCAAGAUUCAACAAAAAGACACAUACAUCCGUUGACGGUGCUGUAGAUGUGAUGACGGCAGGAGGAAAAUCUAACAUCACAAUUUCAAAUUGCUCAUUCGUAGACAAGAGCAUAACAAAACGAAAGGGAAUUGCCUUAAAAAUAGCGUCAUGGAAUGGAAACGCAGGAACUGUAGCAGUUUUAAACAGCCUUUUCAUAAGCAGCGAAAAGAAACAGACUGCCAUGUUUCUUAAUGCCAAACACCACUUAAAAGUGAUCAAUUCAACAAUGAUGUCAUUUCGCUACGGAUUUAAAGUAUUUUCAUCCAAUACCAAAAACAGUACAUUUCCUAUUGAUAUCUACGUCGACAAGUGCACUUUUAUGAACAACGCCCACGACAUGUUGUUGACCUUAUAUAAUCCAACCUCCGUUCAGGUGACCAUUCAGAACACACUUUUCACCAGUAAUGAAACAAUUCUGCAGAACAGUUAUGCGAUUCGCCUUAACAUUCCGCCGCUAAACAAUGUCACUUGUUCCAAUGCAGUUAUAGAGCUAGUCAACGACACUUUUGAGUCCGCGGCGGCGAGCAACAUUGUACUGUUCUUUAAAGGAGAAAAAAGCGUGAAUAUAAGGCACUGUAUAUUUCGUAACUGUACUUAUGCCUACCCCGAAGUACAGAAGUGGAGCAUAACGGAAAAUGAUGAAAAUGAAUUUUAUGAGACAGGUUCUGGGGCCAUUUCCAUUUUAACUUUACCAGAUAAACCUAAAAGGAAUGGAUGCCUUCGCUCAAACACUAUUCGCGAUAUCCAUCCUUUGUGGCAUUACGAAAGUCACAUAACAUUCGAAGAUACUGUCUUUGAACAGAACUUGGGCCUGAUUGUUGGUGGUAUCCACAUAAGUAAUGGAUACACUACAUUUAAGAGAUGUGUUUUUCAAGACAAUUUUGCCCUGCAACAGAGCGGACACAUCUAUUCCGCUUAUGGAACUGGCCAAGUGGACUUGCAAGACUGUAUAUUCUCAAGGACUGUAGAAAGCAUACCAGGACCUAAUCGUUCUAGCUAUAUAAAGGCCAACUUCCUGUAUUCUGAAAGUGGAGGACCUGUAAAUCUUAAGAACACAUCCAUGAUUUCCGUAGUCCCUGCAAAGGAUGGCUAUCGGAUGCUUGAUAUUUCAAGUGGAGGUUACUUUUACAUGGAUGAAAACUCCACCAUCCAGUGCAGCAUAGGCAGUAAGCUCCUAUUCGAAGAUGCUACACAUAUUGUAUAUACGGAGAAAAGCGACGGAUCUUGCGUAAUAAAUAAUACUGUUCUGAGGUACUCUUGCCAGUCAUGCUCUCCAGGCUACUACAGCCUUCAGAAAGGAACUUCGCGAGGUUUACUUCUUAAUUCUACGGUAAGUUGUCUUAAGUGUCCUUUCGGUGCCAGCUGUGUUAAACGGAAUAUAGCUGCAAAACCAAAUUUCUGGGGCUCCCAAACGUCCAAUGCUCAAAAGCCCCUCCAAUUUAUUGCGUGUCCAGAACAUUACUGUCAACGUCCAUUACCUGAUUCAAGAGACUUCAACCGUUGUUAUGGAAGACGAAAUGGUACUCUUUGUGGAAGGUGCGCUGAGGGAUUCACAGAAUCUCUAUUUUCAACCGAAUGCUCGAAGACUGCAGAAUGUAACCAUUACUGGUUUUGGGUUAUGACAAUAACCUAUACGCUAGGACUAGCGCUUUAUCUUUUGAUUAAACCACCCAUUCUGAGUUUUCUUGGACACCAAAUCCUGUGGUAUAGAAGACAGGAGAAUCAAGUCAGAAGUGACAGUCAUGAAGACUCGGAGAGCGGUUUCCUCGAAAUAACUUUUUAUUUUUACCAAGUUGCCGAGCUCCUGAUGAGAACAUCCAUGGAAAGUCGGCUUAAACUUAUACCCUUUCUUGACUUCGUGAUUUCCGCUUUUAACUUUCAAGUGACAACCGUCAACGACAACAUCGGUUGCCCUUUUCCAGGUCUUACGGCUGUAACAAAAGAGGUUUUCCUAUCUGGAACAGUUUUCUUGACAAUGGCCAACGUUUUCGUUGUGUAUUGUGUCCACGUGUGCACCAACUUCUUGAGGAAAAAGGAAAAGCCAAGGUUUACACACUACAUGGCCGUUGUAUUGGAAAUAUUAUUGUUAGGGUAUGAGAGUUUGGCAGAAAUGUCUCUGAAAUUGAUGCAUUGUGUUUCCAUUGGAUCUGGAAAACGGCUGUUUAUCGACGGAAACGUCCCAUGCCUACAGUGGUGGCAGUAUAUCCUGCUGGUUUAUAUUGCAGUGUUUGUGGUGCCUUUUACCUUGGUUAUCUACUGGGGUUCUUCGAAGCUUUAUAAAUCCUCCAUUAAGUCAAACGAAUUUCUUGCCGCUUGCGUACUUCCAUUGCCGUUUCUGAUUCACUGGUUUUUCCAGGACAUUUGUAAGAGAAGAGUUACGGGCUAUUUCACCAGAAAUCGAGAAGCCAACAAAGAUGUUCUGGAGGUACUCCACGGUCCAUUUCGUUCUCCAAGCGAUGACAACAAAGGAGCAAUUUACUGGGUAAGUGUUCUGAUUGGACGAAGGCUUGUUCUUCUUACCUGUCACACGUUUAUAGUUGACCCAAUGUUACGAGGUGUCUGCAUUACAAGCGCAUGUUUCAUAAUGACAAUUCACCACAUUUUCAUGAAUCCUUACCGAGAUCCAAUGGCUAAUAAAGCUGAAACGCUAUCACUUGCUGUUUUGACCCUUAUUGCCGCAAUCAAUCUACCGGGAGAAGCCCUCUUUUCAUUUGGCAUUGAUAUGAACACCGAUCCGCCAAAUAAAUCUUAUUUAGAGGCAGUGAAGUGGAUUGAGGUUGGCGCCUUGGCAUUUAUCCCAGCGUUUGUAUCCCUGUUGGUGACGUUCGCAUUCCUGUCCCAGUUGACAAGAUUUGGAGUGUUUUUAUCCAAGUAUAUUCGAACUGCCUAUCAGUAUCGAGCAUCUGAAUGGAUAAUCGAGGAAAACAGUCUCCUAACGGAUAUGGGAGAGCCAAACACUCAUAUAUAG